AUGUCUCGACUAUCACUUAACACCGCUCCCGGACUCACUUGCGUCACGUCGAACUCAUCAUUCACCAAUGUCUAUUACGCCAUUCACAAUCUGCUGAAAGCUAAAAAUGAUCCUAGCACUUAUUCGUGGUCCAGGGUCACCUUAAUCACUAUGCUCGUGGCUCAUCUCAUAAUGCUUGUCAUGGCGUUGAGCGUUAUUCUAGUUAGAUUGUCCAGCCGGAAGUUCAUGCUGGGGUAUAUAACCAGACACGGAGUCCUGAGGCCAAACGCCACCGGUUGUGUGACGGUAUGCUACAUAUUGUAUGACAUUUUCGCUGUGGUUGGACUUGGGAUGCAACUAGCAAUAGAUUAUGGGAUCAGUAAUCCAGAAGCUAAAGUCCACAUACCGGGAAUUAAAUACGUGAUCAUUUGGAUUGGUGUAUGGUGUUUUUGCUGGAGCACUGCUUGCCAGUACAUUUGCGCACGAUGGGAUCCUCCUUGGCAAUCCAAUUCGUCAGACAGAAAGUUGAACAUCGUUCCCUACUCGGUAAUUGUGAUGCUAAACAUAAUUUUCAUCGGAGUAGCCAUUUUCAGUGUCGCAAUCAUUGUCACAGUGUUUUCACUUUCCAACUCCCAGUAUAUCUAUCUUCAACGAGCCGUUGACUCCAUCGAACUGGCUCUCGCCCAUGCAAAUAUGACGUCAGCCAAUCCCGAAACAGCUUUCCAGGUUGCUUCUAACCUCCCUGGAAAUCCAUUGAGCAAGCUUCAUCACUUGAUUCAUCAAUUUUCGCACUGGCUUAAAAUCAGAAUCACAACCUGUUUAGCUCUCAACAGCUGCUUGCUCAUGGCAUAUACGCCUUUCAUUUUUUCUACGUAUCGUCAGCUGAAACAAUAUAAAAAGCUGGCACCCAAAGAUUGGGCAGAAAGCAAAAAAGGACCGCAAAAGCAUCUCCGCCCGCAGAAGAAGGGGGCAAGAAUUGACUGCAAAAAGGAAAUGAGAAGUCUUCUUCUCACUGCGGGAGUAAUCUAUUCUGUAUUACUCGUCGAAUGGCCCCUUCUUGUAUGGGAGUUUAUGCACAUCUCUGCUGGGAAGUGCCGCUCGGGAGAUGGACUGGCAAUUCGAGAAAUGGCAUCCGAUGUCAUCAUUUCAAUUAUUGGGAACGUUAUCAUAGCGGUUAUUCUAGCUCAAACAAUCAGAAUAGUUCAACCUCGACCAUUUCAUUUUUUGUGCUGCAUGAGACGGAAAGAAAUUCCAAUCUUAGGUCCCAACAAGCCUGAAAACGGCCAGAAAGAAGCCAAGAAAUCCAAGUUAAGUAGGGUCAUAGGCAACAAUCCUCCUGUUCGGGAACUAACUGUCAGUGUGGUGCAAGUAACCCACUCUCAGGCAUCCGAACCCCUUGAACAACCCAACUUUGAUCUGCUACGGAAUUGGGCUCAAAGGAAGACUGUACAGGACGACGUCAUUCAACAUCAUCUGGAUCUGGAUUCAGCCUUGGAUCCACAAUUUGAGGAAGAAAAAGAUCUUGAGAUGGACUGCUUGAGGCCAAAGUUGGAGUACGAACAUCUCAAGCGCUAA